AUGAGCGGAGACUCGGGUCUCCCAGCGCCAGGUCGUCGAGCAGAGGGGGCACCCAUUGGCGAUGUAACCGCUCCUCUCCCAAGCGAAGUGAAGCAUAGUGAAGGUCAAUUCGAUGAGAGUCGACUGGCAUCCAUCAUCGCGCGACUGCAGGACUGGGAUCAAAGUCUGAGUCGCCUCCGCCGGUUGUGUGCACUGCUAGAGUCCGAGGGCGAACAGGCACGUGGCGAGCUGUGGGCGCUCGCUGCCAGCACCGACUCGUUGGCAAACUCAGUUCGAGCGGAUCUUGCGCUGCUGUCAACUGAACAGGAAAAGAGCUUCAUGAGGCCGGGCCAAGCUGGAGCCGUGCUCCGUCUCCACAAAGUUCGGCGAGACGUUGAGCGUCUCUCACGAGCACACGCGAACGUCAUGGAACUUAUUCAAGAUUUAGAGAGUGAGGUUUCAGAGUGGGGCAUGGAUACGCAGCCAGAACUGGAGGUCGUCGACCCACAAAUACCAGCUGUAGCGCGGAGCGAGUACCAGCAUCAGACAGUUGUCCCGAGUGGGCGCGCAGCGACGCAAACGACGCCAAAGCGGACCUCCCCAGCGACGUCACCGGACCGGGCAGAGCCGUACGGAACCUUUGAAACUGACCAGCGGCGCUCUGCUGCACAGACUGUACAAGUCGCAGCGGAAUCGGAAGAGGCCCAGCUGCAAGCCCGCUAUGAUGCCCAGUAUGCAGUGCACGACAUGCAAGAGCGGCAAACGCUCCUUCAACGCAUCCAGAACAGCGUGCAGCAGGCGCACGCUAUUUUUCUGGAGCUCGCAUCUAUGACGGAAGCGCAACAACAGCCUUUAGACGAUAUCGAAGCGCGGACGCAACGCGUGCGAUGCGAACAGGAGAGUACCGCUGAAGAAUGGGCACGAUUUGCCCGUCGACGCCGCACCCGACGUCGGUUUUGCUUCUGGUUCUCCAUAUGGAUGACGCUGGUACUUCUGUUUACCAUUUAUGUGUUGUUCCACUGA